AUGGACGGUCUAUUGGUACCCAUCCAGCAUGCGUUGGAAGGGCAAAUAGACUUCCAUGGCCAACGCAUUGCAGAACUGCUUUCUACCGUCCUUCUCGUUAUCUCGGGGGCCCUUGCUUUCCUUGUCGGAUACAUAUUCCAAGACAUCCACCUGACGCUUUGGGUUGGGUUGACGGGCACAUUAGUAACCGGGUUAGCCGUGAUUCCUCCUUGGCCUAUGUACAAUAAAACCCCCGAAGAUUGGCUUGUCCCCAUUACGGCGAGCGUGGAGGGUGCAGGGGUCGUGGUAGACGGGGUCAGGGUU